AUGAUAAUUGACGGCGAGAAGUUUGCCUGUGAGGCUUGCGUGCGCGGCCACCGCGUCAGCAACUGUCAACAUUCAGGUCGUCCUCUUCAACACAUUAACAAGAAGGGCCGUCCCGUCUCGCAAUGUGCGCACUGUCGCUCGCAGCGCAAGUCCCGGUCCGCUCACAUCAAGUGCGAUUGCGGCGAGAAGACGAGCAAGUGCGUGCACCUGCAACCGCCCGUGGACGGACACCUUGAGACGUGCUGCUGCAACCAUGGCGGACGAUGCACCUGCGCCGGAAAGAAGGACGUGGCACUGGACACCGUGCCGGAGUCCGAUUCGGAGGGCGAAAUGAAGGCAGCCACCCUGCCUCCUCGACCAGUUCCAAGACGGCGACGGGCCAACACGAUUCACUCGUCCGACAUUGGCAUGACCUUUGACCAGCACGGCCACCACAAGCCGGCCAAGCACAACCGUGCCUCACAAAAGUGCGGGCCGUAUCAGCUCAACAGGGUCAACUCGGCCGCCAGCGCCGGAAGCCUUGGCACCAGCACCGACAACCUGCUUUAUCAAGCACAGAACGAGGGCCAUGCGUCGUUGCAGCACAACUUCCUCGCCCGGGAACAGCGCCUGGUCAAGUCGGAGGCGACGUCCCCUCUCAUGUCUGCCUCCACCUUUUCGCAGCUCAACGGCAACCUGCCGCCACUCGAUCUUUCCGGCAUCUCAAACUACUCUACCUAUGCCGGCAGCACCAGCUUUGACCUGUUUUCCAGCGGUCUUCCGGACGGCGACGGACCCAUCAUGAGCGCGAGCCUGGCGCAGUCAGUUGACUGGAGCCACCUCGACCUGAGGGAAGCAAACGGUGAAAGCUUCACCCCCUCGAGCUACAGCCAGGCCGGCACGCAGUUCACCGGCCAGCUCGAUUUCGGUAGCGGCUCCGAGCAGCUGCCCAACCUGGCCGGCACAAGGUCCACGUCCGGCGAUGUCUCUGAAGUGGAAGAUUUCAUGCCCGGCGGCGAGGGCGACUUUGAAGGAUUUGCCACCAGCAGUAGCUUCCUCCGACCCAACGUCGACCUCGCCAGCCUGGAUUACAGCCUCUUCGACAAGACCGACAACCAAGCUCUCACCGGCGACUUCUCCACGGUCGAGGACGACCCCGCCUUCUACAUUCCCAACUACAGUGGCAGCGUCACUGCGGUAGAGGAGAACACCGACACCCUCGGCGCUGGCUCAUUAGGCGGCUACUGGGAAAUGUGA